AUGCACAGCGCGCUCUCGACCCUGAGCCUUGUGCUCCUCCUCGCCGCCGCGGUCCGGCCGGAGCUCUCGCCCGACGGCACCUGCGGGCAGGCCAAGGCGGGCAACAACAAGGAGUACACGUGCCCCAGCGACGAGAAGUGCUGCUCGCCUAGCGGCUACUGCGGCUCGACCGACGAGCACUGCCUAAAGUCGGUAGGCUGCCAGGACAAGUUCUCGAACUCGACGACGGCGUGCGUCAACCCGGUAAACGGCACCACCGUCUCUCCUGACGGCACUUGUGGGAACGAGGGCGUUGGCGAGUUCGGCUACCGGUGUCCUGAGGCGGGGGAUAUCUGCUGCUCUAUCGCCGGCUACUAUGGAAACACAACUGCACACUGUCUUGCCACUAACGGCUGUCAGUCCGCAUACGGAAUAUGCCAGUAA